CUCUUAUUUAAUCAAAAUAAUAUUAGUAUAUAUGAGAGCGGAUAUUUUGAGUUUAGUAGUAAGAUUUUAUUACCGGUAAAAAAUGAUACCAAAAAGUAUAUGUGAUUUGUUAGAAGCGUCUUUGAACGAAAAGAUAGAAAAUUUUGAAAUACACGAACAUGAAGGCAACCAAAAAGGUGAGGGACAUUUAGGUGAAAUCGCAUUCUUGUCCUUCAAAAACAAAAAUACUGGCGAAGAUCAUCACUUAGUGGUUAAACAAUGUCUGACAGGCGGUAAAGAAACUACUAAAUUUAUGUCGAUGUGUUUCUACAACGAAAUAUAUUUUUAUACAACAGUGAUGCCAGCUUUACAAGAGUUUCAGAAGUCUUAUCCUAAGGUCGAAAUUUUUAACGAUAUUCCAAAAUGUCUUGCAACGUGCUUAAAAAAAGGAGAAGAAAAAUUGGUAAUGGAAAAUUUAAAGAUUAAAGGUUACAAAGUCCAUCCUAAGAAAAUACCCCUAAAUGGUAAGAUGUACGAAACAAUUUUCAAAAAGUAUGGAAAGUUUCAUGGAAUAUCCUACGCUUUUAAACAUUACAAUCCUCAAAAAUUUAACGAAUUGGGCGCAAAGUACCAUCAGAACCUGAAAAUGCUUGUUGAUCAAGGUUUGUUUAAAUCAGUAAUUAGCGGUUGUUUCAAUAAGGUAAAAGAAUUUUUAGAAGAGGAAAAUGAAAUAAAAAUUAUCGAGAGUUUUAAAAAAUAUUGUGAUAACGGUGUUCAAAUGUACCUUGAUGCACUUGCACACAAAAGUCCGUAUUCAGUUUUUAUCCACGGAGAUUGUUGGAGUAAUAAUAUGAUGUUCAAAUACAAUAAAUCGGGAGAUAUAGAAGAUCUUAAAUUAUUCGACUUCCAACUGACUGCGGUGGGCUCACCUGUUUUGGAUCUGUCAUAUUGUUUCUACUCAGGAGCUGAUGAGGACAGCAUAUCUAAUUUGGAUAAUUUCCUUGACAUCUAUUAUAAAAGUCUUAGUGAGACAUUAAAGGAGUAUGGGUGUAAUGCAGAAACAGUUUUGCCAUUUACAGAAAUAAAAAAAGAAUGGAAACAACAAAUCAUAUAUGGUAUGUUUAUGGGUUUAAUGAUAUGGAGUAGUAAAUUCUUGGAUCCAAGUGAAGCUCCAGGAAUGCCUGAACUAUUGGAUGGAGAAGAUCAAAGCGGAAAUAUCAGCGAUGUAAUGGACAAUACGGAUUAUACAGGAUUUAAAAAAGCUAGUUUAUUGGUAAUGAGACAUUUGUAUAACAAUAAUUUUUUAUAACUAAUGCAUAAUGUAUCUUCAGGAAAUUGUCUAAUCUAGUUCAAUAAAUUAAGUUUGUCAAUUU